UCUUCGUGUCCUUUGUCUGCACCGCAAGACUCGGUAUUUCCGGUCGAAAAGAAUCAAAACACGGAAAUAGAAGUGGAUGUACGCGACGACUCCGGAAGAAGUUUUUACAACAUCUCGACCUUAGAUAUCGUGUGGAGUGUCGACGGAACCGAUAAUGAGAUUCCGAAUGGCGUUAAGGAAGUGGUGAACGGAGCCAAAGGAUAUUUCGCGAUUACUAGAAACGUGCAAAUCAUGAGAGAAUUUCUGACCAAUUCUGUGAAAAUUAGUGCAGAAAUUAUUGGAUAUAAAAAGCAAUAUAAGGAUAAAUUUAAAAUUAGGAGUGAAAUUGAAUUGAUUUCUGUGGAUAAGGCGGCCGUCGAUUCCGACAAUAUCGCCAUUUUUAAUCAUCCCAAGCAAAAGGAAGGGUUCAGGAUUGCUCCAAAAGUGGUCGGCGGAGGAGUUAUACAAAUAGAGGAUUUGUGUCUUAUUUCUUACGGAAACACAGAUUUAUACUAUUCUGUUGUGGAAGCGACUGAUAUUCGCAUUGAAAUCGUGGAUAAAUUUCAAUUGGGAAGUGUUGUCGACGGAUAUCUUUCUGUGAUUGACAACAAUGGCAAUUAUAUCGAUUCUGUGUUCGCACCCCUCCGUAUAGUACCCUCUAAUCUAACGCUUAUAGUGGGCGCCCACUUCCAAGUGACUACACUCGGAGGCCCACAACCGCAACGGAAUAUAGAAUAUUCUUUGGUCGACAAGACUGUGGCCAGAGUUGACUCGAACGGCUUGAUUGUGGGCUCGAAAUUGGGAAAAACAAAACUAAUCGUUAGAGUACUGAGCGUUGAAAACAUUGAAUAUUCCCGCUCUGAGAUUGACUUACAUGUGGUCGCUCUCAACAAAAUCAAAAUUGUCAGCCAUUCCAGUCAAUUGAGAAUCGGAUCACAACUUCCACUGCAACUGAUGGGCGCCAAUGAGUUUGAAACACCGUUCAGUUUUGGUUCAGCCAUACCGGCGCUUAGAAUCACAUGGAGUCUAAGCAAUGAGAAUAUCGCAACAAUUGGAGGCGUCUUUCAAAAGUCUGGAAUCGUUGACAAGAAUUUUGAGUCCAUAUCUGUCAGACUCGGAGCCAUAUCUACU